UUCUCAGACGAAUGUAUACUUUUUAUUUGCUUUGUUAUUUCUGUUAGGCAUACACAUCUAUACUCAUAGAGUUAUAUAGUUUGACCUGAUUGACAACACCAUGGUGUCCCUGUCCGGACACUCUGUGUAUCCCCACGAUGUCCUCGCUGUGUUGUUCUGUCUGCUGACAGUAUCCCAGGCAUACGUUAAUGUCGCCCUCAACAAACCAGCAUACCAACAGUACCAAUACGUUUAUAGAGGAGAUUACGACACAUAUGACGCCAGUAAGGCUGUAGACGGACGUAAAUCAAACCUGAGUUGGACUGGAGGUCAAUGUGCCAUAUCAUAUCUUAGACAAACCGCCACCUGGUGGGUGAACCUGACCACCAUCCACAGCAUCCACCACAUCACCAUCUACUUCAGGACGGACAAUGAACCAUGGGGUCCUUCUAAUAAGAACACAAAUUUUACUCUUGGAUUCUCGGUGUACGUCUCCAAUACAACGGACAGACUACAGGGAACACUGUGUUACAAGGACGACAACUUUACACGAGACAGUAUACCUGCUGUCUUCACCACCACCUGUCCUGUACAUGGACAGUACGUCAUCUACUACAACGAAAGACUACAAGGAGUUACCUACCCUGACGGUUACUCUAAAAAUGUUGACAUUGGCCUCUGUGAAGUGGAGGUGUAUGGAUGUUCUGCUACGGGAUAUUUUGGGUCCAACUGUUCCGUUCCCUGUCCAGACGUUAACUGUCAGUACUGUCACAUAGAGACGGGCACCUGUCAGGGCUGUAAACCUGGAUACAAAGGUCACCGAUGUGAUAUAACUUGUGAAGAAGGAACAUAUGGUACUGGUUGCAAUGCAUGUGGACAAUGCCGUGACGUAAACCAGUGCUCCAUUAACAAUGGGACUUGCUUAACUGGAUGUUAUGCUGGUUUUAAAGGAGACCUGUGUGAAAUUGCUUGUGACAGAGGGUCGUAUGGCUACGACUGCAAAGAAACAUGUGGACAUUGUCGUGACAGAUACCAGUGUUCCAUCGUUUCUUUAUUUUUUUCUAUUUCUUCUUCAUUGAUUUAUGGGGGUUUUUUUUGGACAAACUUCAAUCGGGUAGAAAUAUUGUUUUAAAAUGUUAACGGCUUGGUUGAAAACUGUACUUUGACGUUACUAAAUUGAGUACAUCAGAAGCUAAUGAUAUGUUCUUAGGUAAGUGUUAACAUUUUCUUUUAUUUUACAAGGGAGACAAACACAAACAGACUAACAAAUUACAAACGAUACAUUAUUAUAGUCAUUCAUUAUUUAAGGAACACACUCUGAGUUUGCGUAAACAUAAAUAUUUACGGGGCUAGAAUUUUAUGAUAAUAAAACAAUGCCAUUUUUGUGGAGUUUUUAUUUUUAUGUAUGAUGCAUUACAUGACCUUGAAAUAUCAAGUAGGUGUAUACAUCUGUAGCAGUUUUUUUAAAAAAUAUGAGAAAAAAAUAUUCGACGAAAAAUGAGGAUAACCAUUAAAAAAUUUUAAACUGAUAUGUAUGCGCAUUUUUAUGCACGAUAUCGCGUUAUUUUCUGGAGAGUUCUGGUAUGUAUGAAACAACAGGGAAUAAUACACGCGGUGCAUCAUGGGUAAGUGUUGAAACUUUGUCUGUAGAAUAUAUGACCCAAGACCAUUUUUUUCUGAAAUAUUCUUAUUCAGUUCUAAUGUAAAUGUUUGAUCUCUCGAAUUUAAAAUCCUUACAGUUUAAUAUGUGUCACCAGCAAGCGCAAUUAUCUAUUUAAGAAACUUGGUCAAUUUUGAAGCAUUAAAUAAUAAAUUGUGAUCGUUAAACCUUAUAUAUUCUUAAUAUUUUUUAAAAGAGUCAUUGUUCAGUUUUACGAAUUUUUAGACAUUUGAAUUUCUGUUCAAAUUAUGAAAAUAUUGAUAGUCAUAAUGGUUUGAAAAAGAAAACAAAAAUUACUUUGAAGAUUAAUAUCUCCUAUAUUCAAGGACAUAAACUCAUUUCAUGAUAACAGAUUAGCCUGAUUUUUUAGUUUCUAAAGCAUAUCUUAUGUAUUUUGUUUUUCAAGAAACCAAAUAAUAAAUAUAAAUUUAAAUGUUUAAAUGUGGCGUGCCCAUUAGUUAAGUUACUGGUCAUCAUGCUUCGAUGGUGCAUAAUAUGUGUUAAAUUAUUUGUAAGAUUAACAUAUUUUUAAAUUAUGCUUGUUUUUAAAACACUGUUUGCUUAUAAUAAUUUGUUAUCAUGUAUUACUUACGCCAUUGUUUGUUUUUCUCAAACUUCAGGUUUUUUUCUCCUUUACACAUUUGGAUUUAUUUCUAAUAAACCAUUUUAACACCCUCUGCUCAACAGAGUUUAGUUUGAAAC